AUGUUUAGGAGUAUCGUUCCUACAACCGUUGGAUUAAAUAACUGCAAAUAUGUACAUGUAAAUAUUGAUGAAGAAUAUGAUAUGUGUAAUAUUAAUAAGGAUGUUAAGAUAUAUAAUGCUGCUCAAGAUGUUUCCAAUAUAAACUGUAAAAGUAUAACACAUUUAGGUAGUAUUUAUAAUAUUAAAAUUGAUAGUUUGGAAAAAUGUAAAAGUCCAGAAGAAAUAGCUAUCAAGAUAUUGAAAUCACAAAAUUGGGAAAAUAAAAGAAAAUAUACAAAUGAUGAUGAAUAUUAUUAUAAAAAGAAAAAAAGAAUAUCCAAUAAUAUUAUGGAACCAAGUUAUAUAAAUGAUUCUUCAUAUUCAUUAAUAGAUCAUUGUGAUAAUAUGUACGAACGAAAUAAUUAUGUGAAUGAAAGAAAUAAUUAUAUGAACGAAGGAAGUAAUUAUAUGAACCAAGGAAAUUAUUAUAUGAACGAAAGAAAUAUUUAUACGAAUGAAUAUAAUAACCAGUUAAUUAAUAAGUAUGCCAUAAAUAAUAAUAUGAAUAAUUAUAUGAACAAUUAUAAUUAUUAUAAUAAUAUUCCUUAUAAUACAUUUUCACAAAAUCAAAAGGAGGUAUACCACAAUGUGUCACAAAAUAAUUAUGAUCAGUGUCAAAAUUAUAAUCAAACAGAAAAUAAUAAUGAAAUUUUAUAUGAUACACAUGUAGAUCAUGAUUUAAUAAAACAAAUGAAUUUAUUACAAUUAGCUUAUAAAAGUAGGUUUAAAAAAUCAAAUAAUAAAGUAAAAAUUAAUGAGACACUUUUGUAUAAUAAUAAUAAUGAAGCACUACAAAAUAUAAUAAAAUGUUCGAUGAACAAAGAAAAUAAUGAUCAAUAUUAUGAUAAUCUUCAUUAUAAUGAUAAUAUGAAGGAUAACUAUUUACUUAACCAAGGGAAAAUUUUAUUCAAUAAUGAUUCUACAGAGAAGAAAGGAAUGUAUAAUGUACAACAAACAAAUGAACAGUCAUUAAAUGAAAAUAAUUAUUCUCAUGAUAUGAAUUAUAAUAUAAAUCUUCCCAUCAAUCAGAGUCUAAAUGGUCCAACAAGUGGUCAAAUAAAUGAACCUAUAAAUGAACAUAUAAGUGAACCUAUAAAUGAACAUAUAAAUGAACAUAUAAAUGAACAUAUAAGUGAACCUAUAAAUGAACAUAUAAAUGAACAUAUAAAUGAACCUAUAAAUGUCCCAAUAAAUGACCCAAUAAAUGUCCCAAUAAAUGUCCCAAUAAAUGACCCAAUAAAUGACCCAAUAAAUGUCCCAAUAAAUGACCCAAUAAAUGUCCCAACAAAUGACCAAAUAAAUGACCCAAUAAAUGACCCAAUAAAUGUCCCAAUAAAUGACCCAAUAAAUGACCCAAUAAAUGACCCAAUAAAUGACCCAAUAAAUGACCCAAUAAAUGACCCAAUAAAUGACCCAAUAAAUGACCAAAUAAAUGACCCAAUAAAUGACCCAACAAAUGACCAAAUAAAUGACCCAAUAAAUGACCCAACAAAUGACCAAAUAAAUGACCCAAUAAAUGACCCAACAAAUGACCAAAUAAAUGACCCAAUAAAUGACCCAAUAAAUGUCCCAACAAAUGACCAAAUAAAUGACCCAAUAAAUGACCCAAUAAAUGUCCCAAUAAAUGACCCAAUAAAUGACCCAAUAAAUGACCCAAUAAAUGACCCAACAAAUGACCAAAUAAAUGACCCAAUAAAUGACCCAAUAAAUGACCCAACAAAUGACCCAAUAAAUGACCCAACAAAUGACCCAACAAAUGACCCAACAAAUGACCCAACAAAUGACCCAAUAAAUGACCAAAUGUUUACACAAAAUUUCAAUGAACAUUUGAUACCUGUCAAUUUAAAAAGUUCACACGAUUACGACAAAAUAAAAACCUGCACAUCAAAUAUUUGCGGAGAUGAUAACACUAUUCGCUGCCAAGAAAAGGAUAAUAAUAUUUUGGAAUAUGCAAAAAAUAAUAAUAAUAUAUAUAUUGAUCAACCAAAUAAAGAAGACCAACAAUUUGAGUAUCACUUAGAGACAUUUUUAGAUUUGAAUGAGGAUGAUGAUAUAAUUAAUAAUAAGCAGAAAAUGAAGAGAAUAAUUAAUUAUAUAGAAGAAUAUAUAAGAAAGGGAAAUAUAAAAAAUAUGGAAAGACAUAAAUUCUUUUUCAAUGAUAAUAAGAUAAAAUUAAUAUUUGAUAAAUUAUUAGCAAACUGUAAAAACAUUUUGAACAUAGAAAUAAGUUAUAGGAAAAAUAAAAUUGUGGAAACAUAUACAUCAGAAGAUGAUAUAAGUAUGAACGAUAUAAAUAAUAAAGACAAUGUAGAUAUGAAAGAUAUUAAUAUGGAUUAUAUAAAUUAUAAUGAUCAAGUCGAUAAUGAUUCUAUGGAAAAAAUAAGUGAUAAGGAAUGUUCAAAUUUUGUACCACUUAAAAAAAAAAGAAAUAAACAUAAAAUACAAGAACACAAUAUAAACAACAUAAACAACAUAAACAACAUAAACAAUAUAAACAACAUAAACAACAUAAACAAUAUAAACAAUAUAAACAAUAUAAACAAUAUAAACAACAUAAACAAUAUAAACAACAUAAACAAUAUAAACAACAUAAACAAUACUAUGAUGAAUAAAUUAAUUUUUGGACAUUAUAAUAUUUUACUAUACUUACUUUUGUUACAUUUUGACGUUUUUAAAAAUAAAAAUAUGAACAUAGACAAUAUAAAUGAUAAUAUAUUAUUAAACUUAAAAAUUCAUAUGCAAAAUGUUAUAAUAAAAUUAUAUUUAAAUGAAGUUAAAAAUAGAGUUAUUGAAUUUUAUAAUAUACAUGAAACAUAUUUAAUAGAAAUAUAUAACAUAUAUGAAAAAUGUUUCUUUUAUUUAUAUGACAUAUAUAUGUAUAUAGAAAAAUAUGAAACAGUAUUAGUAAAUUUGAUAGACACCUGUAUGUUAACCUUUCAAAUACAUCAUAAUGUCCAAGGUAUUAUAAAACACUCGAUUAAUUUAUUAUUGCGUGUCUUUAAAAAUAAUAAUAGCAAAAAAAUGAAAAAAUAUAUUAUAGACAAUUUACUGAUGAAUAUAAAUAAUGUUAAUUUUAAGUAUAACAAAUUGAAUUUUAAGAAUUUCCAGAAUAACUCCACUUAUGUUCAUUUGGUUCAUUUCUUUUUGUUGAAGGUCGCAGAGACGUUUUCUUUUUAUGAGGGGGAUAUGAAAGAAAAGUUUUUGGAUAGCAAACAUAGGGAUGCCGAAAAAAAAAAAAAUGAUCAUAAGAAGGGUAAAGAUGAUAAGAGUGAUGGUAGGGGAAAUGAAUAUGAAGAUGAUAAUGUUGACGAUGACGAUAGUGAUUAUAAUGUUAAUAGUGAUUAUAAUGUUAAUAGUGAUUAUAAUGUUAAUAGUGAUUAUAAUGUCAAUAGUGAUUAUAAUGUUAAUAGUGAUUAUAAUGUCAAUAGUGAUUAUAACGUCAAUAGUGAUUAUAACGUCAAUAGUGAUUAUAAUGUUAAUAGUGAUUAUAGUGAUUAUGUUGAUAAAAAAAAAUAUAGAAAUGAUCAACAUAAGGAAAACAUGAAUAAUACAACAAGCACUUCAAAUUUAUCUGAAGAUUCUUUUUGUCUAUCAUUAUUCAGUAGCGAAAACGAUUAUAAAAAUAAUAUUGUUAAUAAUAAUUGUAAAAGUGAAAAUGAUAUUACUGGAUAUUCAAAAAAAAAGAAUUCUAAAAAAAAAAAAAAACAAUUUUACAAUAUCGAUAAGGAAGAAAGAAAAAAAUAUUCAUUAAGAAAUAAGAAAAAGUUAAAUCGUUAUGAUUAUCAUAAUUUAAAUAAUACAAAGAAAAAAAUAUAUAAUACACGAACAAAAAAUAAGAAGAUUGUCAGUAGUAGUUUUAAUAAUACAUGUAAAAAGGAAAAAUCAAUUUUUACCAAUAAAAAUAAUAAUUAUAAAAAAGCAAAAUUUAAUAUAAUAAAAAAUGGUUCAAAUAUAAAUAUACAUCAAGUUGAAGACUCACAAUUUAUGUGUUCUUUACACAAUUUUAUGAUGAGAAAAAAUUUUAAAAGAUUAAAUAAUAUUAUAAAUUAUAUAUUAAUAGAAAUGAUUGAAAAUUUUUUGUUUGAAGAUAAUAAAAAUGGUAGAAUAAUUUUACAACAUUUUAUUUUAGAUCUUAUCAAAUGUUGUGAUAAUCCAAGAUUCAAUAUAAGUUCACAAUUUAUAAAAAAUAUUAUUCAUAUAUUUUUUGAUAUAAUUAAUAAAAAGUAUGAUAAUAAUAUAAAAGAAACUUGUUUAUAUUUGUUAAGAUAUAUUUUUAAAUAUAUUUUUAAUAUAUAUAAUUAUAUUAAUAACUUUUCUUAUCAUAUGUUAUAUUACUUCAAUUAUACUAUCAAAACAAAUAAAUUUAUACAACCAUUAUUUUAUGAUUUUAAUAAUGAUUCCUUUUAUGAAAAGGAUAAAAUAUUGGAAGACAACUUGAAGAAUAAAACUAAAGCUAUUGUUCAUAAUAAUAAUGAACAUAAAAAAAAAAAUAUAAAAAAGGGUACAAACAUAAACACCCAAUAUAAAAUUAAUAAUGAUAAAAAGAGUAUAGAAAUAAAAAUGUCACAAAAUAACAAAACAUUUAAUCAUACUAAAUGUUGUAAUGAACUGAAAUAUGAAGAGAGAAUACUUAAAUGUAUGCAGUGUCAAUCCUUUUAUCAUAUUAGUUGUAUUCAAAAAAAUAAUAAUCAUAUUUUAUUCAAGAAGGAUACUUAUGAGAUAAAUGAAUAUGUUGAACCGAAUUUAUUUUUCAUAAAUAAGGAAAAGAAUAAUAUAUUACAAAACGGAGAUAUCUUUGAUAAAAGAGAAGAUGAAAAAGAAGAAGAAAAUAAUAAUAAUAAAAGUAAUUUAAGCCAAGAUAAAAAUGGAAAUAAAAAGGGAAAGGGAGAAAAAAAAGGUAUAUAUAAUAAUAAUUAUUACAAUAUUAAUAAUAGAGAUAAACCAAAAUAUAUGUCAAAAGUAGUUGAUUACAAUUGUGAUAUAUGUAAAAUAAAAAAUUUGAUAAAGAUAUUUAUUAUUAGAGAGAGUCAAAUAAAUAAUAGUUUCUUAAAUUUAAUGUUUAAAAAGAAAAAAGAAAAAAAUAAAGGAUUUUAUUGUUAUGAUAAAUUUCUUAAUAGCUUGAAAAUUUUCAUAGUAUAUUAUUAUUAUAUAUUGAUAUAUCUUAAUAAAGACAAAAUUAAUGAAGAAAUAGAUAAGGACAAUAAUUAUGUAUAUUCAUACAUACUGUUAUUAUAUAAUAAUUUUGUUCAUGAACAGAUUAAAAAGGAUAAUGAAAUAGUUUCAAAUACAACAACAAAAAAAAAGCAAAUAUUACAAAAAAAAAAAAAAAAUAAAAUAAAUAAAAUAAAUAAUAAUAAUAAUAAUAAUAUGAGAUAUAUAUCGAAUGAGAACAAUACAGAUGACGAAAAGAAAAAGAAAAUUUUUAAUUCAAUAAAUGAUAUGUUAAUUUAUGAAUUUAAAAAUGUUAAGAAAAAUGAAGAAAUGUGUUAUUCCUUUAGUUGUACACAUAAUUUUGAUAUAUAUAUAAAUCAUUCUUGGAAGAUGUAUUUAUAUUUUUUCUUUUAUGAUUUCUUUUGUAUAGCAUUUAAUCAAUUAUUUUAUAUUUUAUAUGAAAAUAGUAAUAAAAAUUUAAGAUAUUAUAGUAUAUCUAUAAUAAGUAAUAUUAUAAAUGACAAUUAUUUAUAUUUAAAAAGUAAACAGACACAACAUAUAUUAUUAUCUUGUUUAACGGAUAAUUAUUUAAAAGUUCGAGAAUAUACUUUAUAUAUUUUUUAUAACUUUUGUAAACAUUUUUUCGAUAUAGAAAAUUUAAUUAUUUAUCAAAAAGAAAUUACAACAUUAUUUGAUGAUGAAUUAAAAAACAAAAAAUAUGUAUGUCAUCAAAAGAAUGAUGAAUUAUGUAAUAGACUAAAAGAAACAUCACAAGAAAAAAAUAAUAAUAAAAAAAAUUGUACUCUAAAUAAUAAUAAUCAAGAAGAAUUCAACGAAUAUAAUAAUGAACAAAUCCAUGAUAAACCUUAUUAUGCAGUGAAUCAACAAAAUCGGGAUCAUAAAAAUAUUUUGGAUCUAAAUGAAUACAUGACAAACAAUAUUGUUGAAUCAAUAAGAAGAUGUUCAAAGGAUAUUAAAAUAAGUGUAAGAAUUAUAAGUGUCAAAAUAUUAAAAUAUAUUAUAUAUUUUAAUAUAUAUAUCAAAAGGUAUAAUGGAUCUAUUUACAAAAAGAAUAUUCAAAAUUAUGAUAAUCCCAUGAAGGAUAAUCAUUCUAAUUGUGCCGAUAAUAAUAAUAAUAAUAAAUAUAAUAAUAAUAAAUAUAAUAAUAAUUGUGAUGUUGAACAUGUUCAUAAUAAUUAUUACGAACAAAAGUAUUUAAAAAAUGAACAGAACACAUCAUGUCCUAAUUCACAACAAACAAAUCAUGAGAAUAUUACACAAAAUUGUAAUGCUGAAAAUAUUUCCAUACUUAAUGAUUUAAUAGAAAGAUAUGUAUCUACUUAUGAUAACGAUAACAUGAAAAAUACUGUUAUGGAAAUUUUUAUUGAAAUUUUUUUUAUGAAUAUUUUUAAAACAAUCAAAAUGAAAAAUAUAUAUAGUCAUUUCAAAAAUGAGAAUAUUCAAAUACAUUCCUCUAAUAAUAAACAAAUCGUACAUACAGAAAAUUAUGUUUAUUAUGAAUCAUUCACAAAAGAUAUAGAAUCUGACUAUAGUCAAUCAUUACAAAAAGAAGAAGAAGAAGGAGAAGAAGCAUAUGAGCAACAAGAGCAACGUAGUGAUAAUAAAUAUAUAAAAAUAGAAAAAGAUAUCUAUACCUUAUUUAUUCAUUUAUUAUAUGUUAUGAAAAAUAAACACAAUAUAAAUAUUGUAAACAAAAUGCUAUCCUACCUUGAUAAAAAUAUAAAAAAAUAUCAGGAAUUAUUUGUUGUAAUUGACAAAAUUUUAGAGGACAAAAACUUAACGCAAGCUGAUUAUAAUAAUAAUAAUAAUAAUAAUAAAACACAAAGGAAAGGAAAGCAAAUAGAUAAUUACAAGUAUGCAAAAUGUACUGAUACAAAUUUUUAUAAUAAUAGUAUAUAUGAUUAUAAUUAUAAUGUAGAUAAUGAAAUAAAUACAGAAAUGGAAACACAAUCUGAACGUCAAGAAGAAGAUGAUGAAAAUGAGGAUGUAGAAGAAGAAGAAAAUAAUAAUGUAAAACAAAAUGAUAACAAAAAAAAGAAGAAAAAAAAAAAAGGUAAAAAUAAUAAUAUAAAGAAAAAAUUUGACAAGCAAAAAAAAAAUCAAAAUAUUUGUAAUACAGGAGAUUAUGAAAAUAAUAAUUAUAUAGCAUAUAAUAACCAUAUGUUAAAUAUUAAAAAUAAUGUGUAUAAUAUAUAUAUAAAUAAUUCCUAUAAACAUUUAGAUAUUUUAAAUAAAAAAAAUAUAACAUAUAUUUUAGAAGUAUGGAUUUAUAAUUUAAUUUGUCUUUUUAUAAAAACUAGAAGAAAUAGUUUACUAGAAAAUGAAACGAGGAAAAUUAUGAAUAUUCUAAAUAUCAUUAUUGAAAUUAUUCCUCAAUUAUUCAUAAAAUAUGUGAAUUUCUUUUAUCCAUAUAUAUAUAAUAAUGAUGUAUCAAAAGAUGUAUGUGAAUUAUUAUCUUCUAUAUUUCCUUAUUGUAAAUUAGAUUUACAGUUGAAAUUACAAUUUAAGAAAGUUACAUUUAACAAUUCAUUAUUAUAUCAUCACAAUAUAUUUAUAUCAAGAUCAUAUAUACAAUUAUUAUGUACUUUGCACACAUACAUAUUUUGUAAUUUUGUUUAUUUCAAAACAUAUAUAGAAGAAUGUUUUAUUAAACUGUAUAAAUACAAAUUAUGCUUUCUUAUUAAUAAUACUGUGGUACAGCUCAAUAAUUUUGUAAGAGAGUUCUAUUUAAUGAAAGCAGAGCAAAAGGAAGAGAUAAAAAAUAAUUUGAUAAGUUUAUAUAACAAGCAUGUACAAAAUGUUAAUCAAAAUAAUUUAAGAAAUGAUACAACCAUGAAUGAUGAAGAAAAAGGAAAAGAAUCGAAUAAUAAUCUAGAAUAUAAAAAGAAUGAAUGUAAUGAAAAUAAAAAUGAAUCUAAUAAAUAUAUUGAUAAAAAUCUAAAUAAUUUAUCAAAUCCCGAACAUUUCUUUAUUUACAACAUUAUAGAUAUUACAUAUGAAGAAUUUAUAUACCAUUUAGAUCUAUAUAAGAAACAUAUUUUUGAUAUUUUUUCUAUUACCCACAAUGAUAUAAUAAACAUUAAUAAAUAUGCAUGGUUGAUAUCUAUAAUGUGCGAAUUUAUAAAUAUGAAUAAAAUUAUUAUUAAUGAUUUGUAUAAUAUAAACGAAACCAUACAUAUACAAGUACAAAAUGAACAUAAAGAAAAGGAAACGACAAAUAAACAAAACAUUAAAAAGGUAACAAAAAAUGACAAGAAUGAUAAGGAUAAUAUAAAUAUAAACAAUAAUAAUAAUAUAAAUAGUAAUAGUUAUAGUUAUAGUUGUGGUUAUGGAGAACCCAUCCUUUCUGAAAAAUUUAAUAUUCGUUGUCCUAAUAAUAAUAUGAAAUAUAUUAAAUUAUCCGAUAUUGUAAAAAAUGUCCAAGUCUAUAUAAAUGCAAUUUUAUAUUUUGAAUUUAUUUAUAAUAAACAAAAUGAUUAUAUAAAAAGAUGGAAUAUUGUAAAAUUAAAAAAUGAAAUUAUUUCUGAAAUUAUACAAAAAAAAAUAAACAUAAAUAAAAUAGAGAAAUGUAAUGAUAUUUUUGAUUACAAAUUUUAUAACGUAUCCUUAAUAUUACUUAAUAUAUUAAUUGAUUUAUUUUAUAUAUCCAAUGAUAUUAAAUGUAAAUGUUUUUUCUUACAUUGUUUAUGUAAAAUAUUAUCAAAUUAUCAUAACUCACAUUUUAUUAAUGAUCUAAAAUUAAGAAAUGUAUUCUUCUAUUGUAUUGAUGCUUUUUCUAACGCUGCCUUACAAAAAAGUUUUCUUUAUUCUCUUCUUCAAUUAAUUAAGACAUAUGAACAAUUUCUACGAAACAAAAAUAACAUUCACAUUGCUCAAAAUCGUAAGAAUAAAACAAAUGAAAACAAUUAUAGUACAUAUAAAAAAAUGACACAACUUGUACCAAACGAAAAACAGCAGCUCAAUAAAAAGAAAAUUAAAAUAAAUAAUAAUAAAAAUAAAUAUUUUUCAAGUGAUGAACGAACUACCUGCGAUGAAAAGGAAUAUUCCUCCUUUCCAAUUUCAUGUAUUAACCCACAAAGUUACUCUUCUGCAAGUCCUAAUUUAUGCGAGAGUAAUGAUAAUGAAACAGCUAGCCAUUCGGGGAAAAAUAAUACAAAAAAAGAAAAAAAAAAAAAAAAAAAAAAAAUGGGUCAGGAUGAAAAAAUGAAUACAAAAGAAUUAUAUGAAGAAAACGAAACAUCAGUUGUAGAUAUAAAACAGGAAAAUGAACUUGUUAAAGGUACACAUAAAAAGAAGCAGACAAAAGAAAAAAUAGAUCCAAACAAUUAUAGCAUUAAUGAGAAAAAGCUAAAAAAAAAUCAUGUAAAAUGUCAAAAAAAUUAUGGUCAGGAAAAUAUUAAAAGUUAUGAAAAUAAUAAAAAUGAUGUAAAUGGUGCAAAUUAUGUAAAUAAUCAAUUGGUAGAUGUACAUAAUAUUACUAAUAAAACAAAUGUGGACAAAAAUCAAAAUAAGGAUAUUAUACACGUUUUGCUUGUAGCCUCACUAUUUUCUCAAAAAAUUAUUGAUUUAUUAAUGGUAAAUAAAUAUAUGUAUAUAGACUGCACACAGGAUGAAUUAAAUUUUAUUAAAUGCUUAGGUAUACAAAUAUUAAGUCAUCUAUAUAAAGAAGGUUUUAUUCAGAGUAGUAAAAUAUCUCCAAGUAUAUUUUGUUUAUGCUUUUCUCCUGAUAUAAAAUUAAAAUCACGUAGUGAAAAGGUAAUAAACUGUAUCAUAGAAAAAGAAAAUUAUAAUUUCUUAAAUAACUUAGCUGAAUGUUUACAAUAUCUGUUAUUUUAUAUAAUUGAAAAUAAUUAUAUGUAUAAUAAUAGGGAAUCAAAUAAUAUAAAUAAUUUGUUCUUAUUUAAUAAAAUCGAAUCAAGUUUCUUUAAAACAUUGCUUGAUAUUUAUGAAAAUUUAACGUCGAAAAAAUUAAAAAUAAAAUAUCUUAAAAUUAUAUUGAAAGAAAUUGAAAAUACUUGUCACUUUAUUUUAUAUGAUAAAAUAAAAAAGUUCAUAAGAGAAACAAAUGGAAAAUAUAAUAAUAAUAAUAAUAAUAAUAAUAGUUCAAGGCACAAAGUCCAUUCUGAUCAAAAUAAAAAUGAUGAUGAUAUAUAUGACUGUAAUAAUGAGAGUACUAUAGAUCAUAGUAAUAAUAAUAAUAAUAAUAAUAAUGUGUAUUAUAAUAAUACAAAUAUUUAUAAUAAUCAAGAUUUGUCCAAAAAUGUUAUGAUUCAUAUUUAUCCCAUAAAUCAAAUAUAUUCAUAUAUUAUUAAUACUUAUAUAAUAUUACCAAAUAAUAAAACGAUUAAAAAGAAUGGUAAAUCAAAAAAAAUUAAAGAAAUUACUACAUCUUCCUUAUCUUCAUACUCUUCAUCAUAUUCUUCAAACAGUAUGUAUAAUAAAGAUGACGAAUUAAAAAACAAGAAAAAUAACGAAAAUAAUAAAAAUAAGAAGAAAAAUAAAAGAUCUAAACACAAAGAUUUAUAUUAUAAGGAAAAAACACAAUCAUCAAAAGAUGAUUCAAGUGUGACAGAAAAUAUAUAUGAUAAUGAUAAUUAUCAAAUUAGGGACUGCAAAGAUAUUAUGGAAAAAAUACGAAAUAAAUAUAAUUAUUUAUUAAAAGAUUAUUAUAUGAAAGUGGAUGAAUAUAUAUAUAUUAAUUAUUUCUUAUUCCUAUAUUUACAAAUUCUAAUAAAUUUAAUAUCAUAUUUAAACUUUUCUACAUAUAAUGAAAUAGCCAUAUUGAUUCAUGACAUUAAUAAACUUUAUUGUAUUAUAUCAUCAACAAUACAUAUGGAUAUCGAUGCAGAUGAUUUUUCAAGAACACAUGAAGAAUCCUUCUUUACAUUUAAUGAACAUAUGAAACAAUAUACGAGUGUAAAUGAUAUAAAUGUGGAAAAUGAAGAUUAUAUGUCUAUUAAUUUAAACUUGAACAAAGUUAAGUGUUUUGUUAUGGCCAUUUUAAAUAAUCUGACGAACAAUUUAAUAAAACAUUAUGAUAUAGACACAUCAAAAUUAAAUGAAUUAAUUGAGGAAGAUAAUAUUAAGGAAAAUAAAAUAGAGGAUGAAAAAAGAGAAGAACCAAAAAACAAUAUUUUUAAUUAUAUGGAAUAUAUAUAUGAGUGUAUUGAAAUAUUUAUUGAAGAUAAUAAUACAAUUGUUGAAAAAUAUUCUAAGUGUCAUUUAAAUAUCCAUAAUUUAAAUAACGAUUAUAUAAAUAAAUUGAUAAAUGAUGGAAAAAAUAAAAAAUUUGUACAAAAGAAAAAACAAAAGGAGACAGCUAAACAAAGACGUUUAACAUUAAAAAGAAAUAAUUAA